AUGUUAACCAUAUAUGGUGCAUAUUCUCUUCAGUGUCUGACUCUUCGUCUUCCAUGCUAUAGCUGUAUGAGCCCGUACUUGGAGGAUCACUAUCCGUACAUUUCACAUCUUUACCGUAAACCGUUGUCUUUCGAUUCUCAUUGCGAUCGAAACAAUCUCGAUCGCCGUUAUCUGUUCGUAAAAAACUGUUCCGAUAUGUGCGUUACGCUACGAAUCAACGAUAUCGUUGGAGGACGACGGAGACAUGGCUAUGUUCGUGGUUGUUUGUCGGAUAUACACGGAUAUAAUCACAGUUUGAUUCGAGCGCUUGCAGAACGAACCGGAUGUCUCGGUAGGUUUUCUAUAGCAUCAAGCAUUCAACUUCACCAAGCACGGCUAUUGAUGAUUGGACGCAUAUCUGGCCUAUACAAUGACUCCGAAUGCUCUACCGAUGUAUCGAGUCAGUGCUGCCAUCCUGCUAAGCAAGUUGUAUCAAUUCGCCGGUGCUACAGGGAUGGAGGGCUUAGUAAGCCAGGAGAGUGA